CUUCACCUGCCUGUUUCCCACACCAGUUUUAUUGCUGAUAACAGAGCCUCACUGUGUCAGUCUCUGGGUUGUUCUUUCACCACCAUGACUGUGAAGGUUGUUUUUCUGGGGCUUCUGCUCGUCUGUGCAGCAGUAACAGCAGAUGAUGAUGCCAAGAAAUCUGGCCCCAGGAAGGCCUCGUGUCCUGAGAUGGAGGAGAUCAUGGCGUGUCCCAUGAACCUCGCUCCUGUUUGUGGCAGCGAUGGAAAGACUUAUGCCAAUGAGUGCGCCCUGUGCGUGGAGAAACAAAUGACAAAGCAGGAAAUACUGGUUGUCAAGGAGGAGAGCUGCUGUGGUCGGUUAGAGUGCAGUUAAUCUGAGACGACAUGGACCAUUUUUCCAGCAUGAGAUGGCAUGAUGACACAAAAUAAACUACAAUAAAGAGCUAUUUGUGAUUCUUUGGAAUUGCUAUAAC